AUGUUUAAUGCACUAUGCUUUGUACUCUUGUGCACACUUGUCAGUUCCAGUUUUGUUGACGAAGUUGAUUUUAAUGAUAAAUUGGACAUGAUGGACUUGACUUCAGACGCUGAAAUUGACGACUUCUUCGAGUACUUUGACUCGGAAGAUGCCGCUUAUUUACUUGAGGAUGGUAAAAUAUUGAGUGGAAUUAAAAACGCUGUUGACAAAGGAACCAAAUGGAUGGCUGAAAAUGGUGAAAAGGUGACCAAUGUCCUCAACAAAGUCUCUGACGUCGCAGGCACUGUUGGAAAAGUCGCUGGAGUUGUCAGUAAAGUAGCCACAGUCGCUUCUGUUGUUCCAGGCCUCAACGCUGUUGCUGCACCCAUUGCAGCUGGCGCAAAAACAGUGGAAAAAGCGGCGAAUGUAGUUGAGAAAGUUGCAGAUGUUGGUGCUAAAGUGAGUCAAGCUGCGACUGAUGUGUCGAAGUCAUACCAAGCAGGUGGUGCCAAGCAAGUAGCCAAAGAUUUGGGUAAAAAGGCACUUGGUGCUGCUAAAGACUACGCCAUUGGCAAAGCUAAAGACAUUGUUGGCAAACAACUUGGCAAAACAGCCAAGAAGUUGAUGAAAGGUGGGAAACUCGACCUUUCAGCAAAGAAUAUGAAGAAGACUGCUAAGAAAAUGGGGAAGGAAUUUGGUAAGAGUGUUGGAAAGGACGUUAAGAAUCAAAUGAAAAAAGGAAAGAAAAUUGCCAAAAAAGCUACAAAAGGUAUGAAGAAGGGAAUGAAAGUAGCAAAGAAAAUGGUGGGAAAGAAAGGAAAAAGCGGUGGAAAGAAAGGAAGUAAAUCAGGAAGUAAAAAGGGAAGUAAGAAGGGAACUAAAAAGGCCGGUAAAAAGGCCGGUUCAAAGAAAGUUGGGACUAAAAAGAGCGGAUCGAAGAAAAGCACAAAGAAGGCAGGAAAGCCAAAAGCUCCAAGCAAAAAAGCAUCUAAAAAAUCUUCAGGAAAGAAGAAAAAAUAA